AUGAUGCAGCGUAUCAACAAGAAUGUUGUUUUGGCUGUGUUGACAGCUGCAAGUACCUUGUUUCUCCUGUUUCAGAUGUAUUAUUAUAGAUACUAUAUAUCUGCAAAGCAUGGACCUGCUUUUUCGAAGCUGAAAGGAACAUUAUCAGCACAAGACGGAACAAACUGGCGAGUGUGAAGAAUUUUUUAAAUCUGGCUUCCCAUCAUAAUGUCCCAGUAUUUCUGGUGGAUCCUGUGGUUCUGCCACUACUAGCUAAAGAUGUGGAACAACUGAGAAGCUAUAUGGACAGCACACCAUCUGAAUGUCAGUACUUCUGCAAGCAAAGAGAUGUCACUACAUUUGCACUUCUGGAUAAGAUGUGGGAACACAAAGUAGUUUUUUUUCGUGCUGCAGAGAAGAUGGGAUUUCAGUGGCACAAAUAUGAGGGGGGAGAUCCACGACUAGAAGGAAUGGAUGACUUGUCAGGUGUACAAAUACCUCUUCAUUAUAUAUUCAGGAUGGCAUCACAUACAAUCCAUUUAGUAGUGCUUUAUGAAAGAAGCGGCAACUACCUGUGGCAUGGACCUUUACGGCUGAAGAGAAAUAUGGAUAGAAAAUUUGCACCUUUCCGGAAGCUUCAAUUUGGUCGAUAUGCUGGAGCGUAUAAAAGAGCUGAUCUUAUCCAGGUUACUGCUGAUGGUCUGAAAUUGCAGAUCCCGAAAGAUCCAUCGCGAUUUUUAGCAGAAAUGUCUGAUUCAAGAUUUCUUGAGUGCAGAUACAGAGAAGCACGGUCCUUCUUUCAGCUGUAUCCUGAUGACUUGUCUCUGGAAGGGAUUGAUUUCCGUAAAAAGGCCAGAGCAUUGCUACAUCUGGCGGCUUCCACUUUGGAUGUGUUGGGAAUGAGCUUCUGGAUCAGCAGUGGUACAUGUUUAGGAUGGUAUCGACAGUGUAAUAUUAUUCCUUACAGUAAAGAUGUGGAUUUAGGCAUAUUCAUAAAGAACUACAAACCUGAACUGAUUCCAGCACUCCAGAAAGCUGGCCUGCCAUUAAAGCACAAGUUUGGAAAGGUGGAGGAUAGUUUGGAGCUCUCAUUUCUUGGGAGUGAUGAUGUGAAACUUGACAUAUUUUUCUUCUAUGAAGAAGCUGAUUAUAUGUGGAAUGGGGGAACACAAGCUAAAAGUGGCAAGAAAUUCAAAUACUUGUUUCCAAAAUUUACACUUUGCUGGACAGAGUUUUUAGAGCUGAAGGUUCAAGUGCCAUGUGAAACACUGGAUUAUAUCAAAGCUAAUUAUGGCAAAAACUGGGAUGUCCCUCUUAAAGUUUGGGAUUGGAAACACUCCCCACCCAAUGUAAAGCCAAAUGGAAUUUGGCCUCUGGAUGAGUGGGAUGAUGUCAUUCAGUUAUUCUAG